UAGAUGUAACCAUUGAGAUUUGUGCGGGCGUAUUUUCAUACCAUUUUCAUACGCAAUAUAGCAAAAGAAUGACGUGAAGGUUGCGUAUAAAGAACAAAACUAGCUUUGAAUUUUUACUUGUCGUCAACAGGCCCUUGUUUUACAUUCAAGAUAAAUGGAUCGAAGCCCAUUUGAAGUUAAAUUACAAGGCUUUAAAUUCCGUUUGGCAUCUUCGAAGAAGCAGCACAGUGCCCCGUAGGUAUACAUCUACAUGGGAACAAGUCCAACUGGAAUGAAUUCGUAGCCUCUUUUAUUUGCUCGCCUCUGAAACUGAGGAAUGGCAGACAGGCAGACAGAACUAACUCCCAUCUUACCAGCGAAAACGAUGUCUGAUCGCGAGAGGGCGCGGCGCCGAUGGGUUACGGUAGAACCCGUCGUUGCAUUGGCGGUAGUCGGAUACAUUUCCAUUGGACUAAUUCGGCCAUUCUACCUGAAAGGACGACUUGGUGAAUCGAUGUUCAACAUUACCAAGCAAGAGGAAUUCUCCAGGUGCCAAGCUAACAACAGCGAUGGCGGCACUAUGGAGGAUGAAAUCCAGUCACAGGCCUCUCUUUGGAUUCUGUACUUGACAACUGCUAUGAAUAUACCUAUUGUAGUGAGUUCAAUUACCCUUGGCACAGUGAGCGAUCGACUAGGUAGGAAGCUAUGUUUAGUCAUUCCAGUUAUCGGUUACAUCUGUCAGGAAACUGUAUAUGUUCUCACCGUUCACUACAAACUCCCAUUACCAGUUCUGUUUGUUGGUGAAUUCUUGCAAGGAGUUACCGGUGGCUUCGGGUUGCUGUUUGCUGGAUGCCUCUCGUAUAUCAGUGACAUUUCGUCUGAGAAUCACAGAACUAUGCGAAUAGCAGUGGCAGAGAUGUUAGUGUUUUUCGUCGGUGGUUUUGUCCAAGUUGGUGCUGGUUACUUAUUGCAAGAUAUCGGGCCCAUCCCACCUUUGGCAAUGGCACUUGGGUUCAAUGUUUUAUGCUUGAUUUACAUUACCACUCCAUGCAUUCUGAUUGAGACAGUAGACCGUGAAAACGUUCCGGAACAUCGCAAAGGGAUCAAAGAUGCUACAAGGAGUGUGAUGAAUCUUUUCAGGUUCAAUGAGAACGGCCGUCGAUGGCAGAUGCUUCUCCUAGAUCUCUUCUUGUUCUUUGUCAUGCUGAAUAUCAAUGGAGUCAUGUCCAUCUUCAUUCUGUACGGCACAGCUAAACCGUUCUGCUGGUCUGCUGUAACUGCAGGAUUGGCAGGAUCAUUUGGUUUUGUUACCGGCUCUCUAGGAAUGGUGGUUGGUACAAAACUGUUUUCCUUCUGCUUGGGGGAGUAUUUCAUUAUGCAGAUUAGCUGUCUGAGUCUUCUUGCUUCUAACGUUGUUAUGAGUGUGGCGAAAACGACGUUAUUAAUCUUCGUAGCGAAUGGCGUAGGUGCUCUUCGAGGGAUGGCAGUUCCGAUCGCACGGUCAGUCCUCUCCAAACUUGUAAAUCCAAGCGAAAUUGGUGCAGCUUUCGCUAUUGUUGCUUGCAUGGACAAUUUAUCAGGGUUUGCUUCUUCUCUUAUGACACCUAGCAUCUACGCAGCUACCGUAUCCUACAUGUCACCUGCCAUCUUCUAUGUUUUAUCUGGCCUGUCCUUCAUUCCAAGUGGUAUCGUACUGAUCUUGCAGAUUUUUUGGCCACGAAAAAAAGGUUACAAAUUAAUUGAAGACAGUGGUAUCUAUGAAGACUCUUUAGGCGAUGAUUUGAAACAAGAACCUAAUACCUGCAGCUACGUGAAUAAUCCGGAGCCCAAAACAGACGAAAAGGAAAGUAUGGAUUUCUGAAGAAGGCUAAGGAGUGAAUUCAAGAACGAAAACUUCUUUUUGUGGGCAAAAUUACAACAAUCAGUACACGGAAACUAUGUAACCCUUUCAUGCCAAAAGCAUUCAACUGUUCAGUUAAUUUGUUAAAAUCAGGUUCACUACUUGUGGGUGAAAACUCUACAUGCCACUAUCAAACAUGCUUAUAGGUUAAAGUGCCACAGGUCAAAUUAAAAGGCAGUAGUUUGGGGCAUUUGGA